AUGAUGAAGAUAUUUUUGUUAGUCAUACCAAUUGUUUGGUAUGUUUUUAACCAUCUAUUCUAUACAUGGUUGCCAACAAACUAUAUAUUUGACAAGGCAGUACUUCAAACCUUAGUCCAAGAAGUUUUACAGAACCAUCCCGAGGGUAAUGCGACCGCUAUUAUGAUUGACCUCACGCCUAAACUUCAGGAGGCAUAUCCCGGUUUGAUUAAUGAUUUGAAUUUCGACCAUUGGUUUUACAAUAACGCUGGUGGUGCGAUGGGCCAAAUGACUAUUUUGCAUGCGUCUAUAUCUGAAUAUUUGAUAUUUUUCGGCACAGCAGUUGGAACAGAAGGUCAUACGGGUGUUCAUUUCGCUGACGAUUACUUUACAAUUUUAACUGGAGAGCAAAGAGCCGCGUAUCCUGGUAAAUUGGAGCCUGAAGUUUACAAGCCAGGCGAUCAACACCACUUGCCAAAGGGACAUGUCAAGCAGUACAUGAUGCCUGGAGAAUCUUUCGCUUUAGAGUUGGCUCAAGGGUGGGUUCCAGCUAUGUUACCAUUUGGCUUUUUGGAUACCUUAAGUUCGACAUUGGACUUCCAUACAUUUUACUUGACUUCGUAUUACACAGCAAAGGACAUGAUUAGAAAUUUAUUAAAUGGUAAGUUUUAG